CGUAGCGCUCCCGCCGCCGCCGCCGCGUUCCGAGGAACGCCCCCGAAGGCUGGUGUGGGCGGGGCUAAGUCGAGAGAAGCAUUCCGAAAGGGGCCUGCUUGGGAGCGAUCGGCGACAGAUCGAGCGGCGGGCUCAUCUCCGAGGUGUGUUAAGGCAAAUCAAUAGUGAAACUAUGGCGGUCUCAAGGGAAUGGUAUCUUCUGGUCCUUUGGAUUCUACUACCUUCUUCUCAUGCUCAUACAGAUUUCUUCACUUCAAUUGGUCAUAUGACAGACUUGAUUCAUACAGAAAAGGACCUGGUGAUAUCACUGAAAGACUAUAUCAAGGCAGAAGAAAGCAAGUUGGAACAAUUAAGGCAGUGGGCUGAGAGAUUGGAUAAGUUGACAGAUACUGCAACCAAGGACCCAGAGGGAUUUUUGGGACAUCCAGUAAAUGCAUUCAAGUUGAUGAAACGACUGAACACCGAGUGGAAUGAGCUUGAGAAUUUGGUCUUGAAGGACAUGUCUGCUGGAUUUAUUUCCAACAUGACAGUUCAACGGCUGUUUUUCCCUGAUGACGAAGAUCAGACUGGUGCUGGCAAAGCUCUCUUGCGGCUCCAGGAUACGUAUAAGUUAGAUACUGACACGAUCUCAAGGGGAAAUCUUCCAGGAGUGAAACAUAAGGUAUUUCUAACUGCCGAAGAUUGCUUUGAGUUGGGAAAGAUUGCCUAUACUGAAGCAGAUUACUACCAUACUGAAUUGUGGAUGGAGCAAGCUCUGAAACAGUUGGAUGAGGGAGAAGUUUCUUCGUCAAUCAACAAAGUUUCUGUUCUAGAUUACUUGAGUUAUGCUAUAUACCAGCAGGGGGACGUGGACAAAGCAAUGAUGCUCACCAAACGGUUACUUGAAUUGGAUCCCGAGCAUCAGAGAGCAAAUGGGAAUAUGAAAUACUUUAAAUACAUCAUGAUUAAAGAAAAAGAAAAAGAAGCCAAUGAGUCUGUGGCCAACACAGAUGAGCAGACUGGGAAAAAAGUGAAGACUCAGAAAAGAGGGCCUCUCAAAGAUUAUCUGCCCGAGAGACAGAAGUAUGAAAAAUUAUGCCGUGGUGAAGGUCUUAAAAUGACUCCUAGAAAAGAAAAGAAGCUGUUCUGCCGUUAUUCCGAUGGGCACAGGAACCCUUAUUACAUCCUGGGACCUGUCAAACAAGAGGAUGAGUGGGAUCGCCCUCGGAUCAUCCGCUUUCUUGACAUUAUCUCCGACGAAGAAAUAGAAAAAGUCAAAGAGCUUUCAAAACCAAGGCUGAGGCGAGCCACCAUUUCAAACCCCAUAACGGGAGUCUUGGAGACUGCACAUUACAGAAUUAGCAAAAGUGCCUGGCUAUCUGGAUAUGAAAACCCUGUAGUGGCACGUAUAAAUAAAAGGAUACAGGAUCUAACAGGAUUGGAUGUUUCCACAGCUGAGGAGCUCCAGAUAGCAAAUUAUGGAGUGGGAGGACAAUAUGAGCCUCACUAUGACUUUGCUCGGAAAGACGAACCAGAUGCCUUUAAAGAACUGGGUACAGGCAAUAGAAUUGCUACGUGGCUAUUCUACAUGAGUGACGUGGCAGCAGGAGGAGCAACUGUAUUCCCUGAAGUUGGAGCCAGUGUUUGGCCAAAGAAGGGGACAGCGGUAUUUUGGUACAAUCUUUUCCCAAGCGGUGAAGGAGACUACAGUACCCGGCACGCUGCAUGUCCGGUAUUAGUCGGUAACAAAUGGGUCUCCAAUAAAUGGAUCCAUGAACGUGGGCAAGAGUUUCGAAGACGGUGUGCCUUAUCAGAGUUUGAAUGAUACCAGUCCCCUUUUUAUUUUUUUAGUCCAAAUUAUUUUUCCCUUUCUCAUUGCCUUGAUUAACACUGAUAGUUUACACUAAUUAUUCCACUCCAACUUUUGUCUCCAGUGCCAAUCACUCUUUCAUCUAUGGACAAAUAUUUUAUCUACGGACAAAAUAUAUACAUAUAUAUAUUUUGCAGAUAUACCCAUUUAAAUGUUUUUUAUUGAGUGAUAUAUUUCAUUGUUAACGUCUGUAAGAUGCCAUGGCUAAAAAAGAUCUUCUGUAGGGACACCAAGCUUUUGAAGGAAGCAGAAUGGAUAUAUGAACUUUUCAUCAUCUGUCAAGUGCUUUGCUUGGAUGGUAAGGUAUUAUAUAUCACUUCUACCCUGUUUCCCCCCAAAUAAGACUGUUGUGACCCAGGCCCAAGUAAAUAGUAGGAAAAUCAGUCAGUGAAAAAACAAACAAAUUUAUUCGAACAGCUGAGAAUUACUUCAUUCCCAGCGUCAUCCAACUAAAUUAAAGCAAAUUUCUCCCAACACAAAUGCCUCAGUCCUAUCACAAACCUUGGUCCAAUUAGGCAAAUUGCCAAAGGCCUUUCUUGGCAAACGUUCAGAAGUCACAGAUACAAAAAUAAAUACAAAACAUAGACAAAGAAGACGAAGCUACCAAAGUUGUUUUCUGGCCAAGCCCAAACGCCGUUGCUGGUCUGUUUUAAGCCUUAUGGGAGGGGCCAAUCAUCUCUUGGCCCUACUCCCGAGUUGUCCUCCUUGCUUGAGCUGCUCUUGCCUUCUGGCAGCUCUUCUCAUGAGUGUAUUAGGAACAGGCUCCUCCUGUUCCUCUGCCUCACUCCUAUCAGGCUCUGGAGGCUCUGGAGUCCGCACCUCACUCCCUGAUGGCCCUGGCCCCAACUCUGCCUCGGACGCAGAGCCCUCAUCCGAGCCUUCCCCAGCCUCCAGGACUGCCCCAUGUUCUUCCUCAGCCUCAUCGCUGUCCGACUCCGCUGCCAGCUUCGCAGGCUGCUGGCGGACCACAACAAAGACAUCCCCUGAUAAUAAGCCCAAUCGGGCUUUUGAGUGCAUGGCAAUAAAGCCAAACGCUUAUUUCAGGGUUCAAAAAGAUAUAAGACGGGGUCUUAUUUUCGGGGGAACACGGUACUUGUUUUUUUGGUUUCGAACACUUGUGCCUGAACAUUUCUGUAGAACUGGGCUAAGGGUUAUAAACCAGAUUUGAUUGACCUCAAAAUUUCUACUCCUAGCCAGUUGUGCUUUCUGGGCCUUCACUCCAAAUUGCUUGGUUUUACCAAGUGCCAAAAAAACUUCAGAAAACAAAUUCUCCCUCCCAGUAUAGUUUUUUUCUUCUUCUUAUGUCUCACAAAUAAAUUGAGCUAAUUCCAAGAAAUGAGCCAUUAACUGUCCACAUAUAAAAGGCUUGAACAGAACUGCAGCUGUGCUUUGUCUGCAUAUGCCGGAAGACGCUGUUUGAAGGCAGGUUCUAGAAAAUGACUUUUUUUGUGUGUGUCUAAGUACGGCUCAUCUUUUUAAAUUUCACUGUGAUUCAAGAUUGUAAUUUUAAAUGUACUGCUGCUUUUAUUUUGUAAGAAAGAACAAUUUUACCCCAUGAAGGCAUGGAGACAAGAUCAGUUCUGACUUAAACAUAGAGCACUGUGCCUUAUCUAGCAAGUCGGAAUUUGUAUGAAACCAUAUGUAUAAGAAAAUUCAUACUUCCCUUACCAACAAUACCAAACUUUAUUUUCCAAUGGAGGGACUUUGUGAAAAAGACAAUAUAUUUAUAAUACAAAAUCUUUUUGAAAGUC